AGCCCAAAUCUCGUCACUGUGCGCUGUAAACGAUCGGUUUAAUGAAGACUGCCUAGGGUAGUAACACUCUGGCGCGUACGUUCUUUGCACUCAAGCGCGUUAACGAAUGCGAGACUCUAGCAAAUUUUAUAAUCUAACUGCCAUAGCAUCAGGGAACGCGAACAAACCAUAUCUGACUGCUUUUGUGGUCGAUGAUCAGGUGCAAAGUGUAAGGCCAACCUCAAUCAGAGCGCAAGGAUCAAGUCAAAUGGGAUAACGGCUCUUUCCGAGCGGACUCUGGACACGCACAAAACCUUGUGCUGGCCGAAACCUUAUUUUUCAUCACAUCAACGAGAGCGGACGAAGACAUCGCAAAUUCUGUAAUCUAAUCCCAAAAGAUGUCUGACGCUGGAGAUGAAAUUCAAGUUGACGCCCCGGCUGCUGAGGUCGAGGUAACCACCGAGGCUCCGAAGGGCAAAAUGUCCGUUGAGGACGCUCUUCAGCAAGUUCUGAAGAACGCCCUUGUUCGUGACGGUCUCGCUCGUGGUCUCCGCGAGUGCGCCAAGGCGCUGGACAAGCGCCAGGCCCACUUGUGUGUGCUUGUGGAGACCUGCACGGAGGCUGAGUACAUCAAACUCAUCGAGGCACUCUGCGCAGAGCACAAAAUCAACCUGAUCAAGGUUGGAGAUGGCAAGAUCCUGGGUACCUGGGCAGGUCUUUGCAAGAUCGACAAGGAAGGCAACCCCCGCAAGGUCGUUGGCUGCUCUUGUGUCGUUGUCAAGGACUAUGGUGUAGAGAGUGAAGGUCUCAACGUGCUCCUUGAAUACUUCAAGAACCGUUAGCAUUCUCGUGUACCUUUGUUCUCAUUCUAGUACAUCUGCAAAUAAAUGAUCUGCGUUGUAA